AUGGUUUUCCAAGUCGCUUAUGGCCUACCCAUUGCAGGAUGCAUGGUCUUCUAUGGCGUCCAGUAUGUUCCGGCAAAGCUCCGGAGCACCUACAAUGGAGCAGUUUUCCAAUGGUUCAUGGCCUCCGGUGCUCUCUUCACCGGGCUUGGCUUGGGUGUCAUCUUGGUCGAUGACGUCCCUGGUGGUACACAAGCUGGGCUCCUGGGGGGCGCUUUGGUGGCCGUGUCCAAUGCAAUCAUUCUGCAUCUGAAGCGGACUCUGGGCCUUUUCACCGGCGUGGUCGUUUACCAGGCCGCCAACCUCAUCACAGGCUAUUGCGUUGGCCGCUUCGGCCUUCUCGGUGCCCCUCUGGACCCAGGAAAGCUUCCCUGGCUUCGAGACAUCGGUGUGGUGCUUCUGCUUAUCUCACUGCAGCUUGUGUCCAUCUCGGCGACCAUCUCCAAGCAACCGGAGCAACGCGUGCGAGCCAUGUCUAUGCUCUCAGACCCGCUCAUUGAGGUGACGGAGGAGGACUUUGCAGGCUGUGAUCCAGACACGAUCUCGUUCGUCAUGUCUGAGUCGAACGCCGAUGACCUCUACUUACGGAUCCACGAGCUAAGGUCCAGGUCCGUCUCACAGCCUGGUUUGAGCCGCGCUGCAAGCGAGCAACUGGGAAGAAGGAGAUCUUCCAUGGGAGCGCGCGCUCGAGCGAUUUUCACCCUGCAGGGGCUGGAGGAAGAAGAGGCAGAGACGAGCGAGACACUCCAGCGAAGGAGGAGUUGGCCGCCGAUGAAAGGCCUGGGAGAGCCGCCCCGCCUGUCUGCGACGAGCCUGGCAUCAGGCAGCUCGGAGUUCGGCGAGGACCUACCCGAGGCUGUUGACACGACGGACCUUGCCACACAGCCAGAGGACCUUGCCAGUCAGGUCUCUCAGACAAAGCCAAGUCCGAUUCUUCGCGGCCUCGGCGGCAUCUUGGCCGUGGCUGCUGGGGUAUGUCGUGGCCUGAGCCCUGUGCCUUUUGCGAUGUGGCACCGCAACCAUCCCAACACCCAGUCUGCCUGCUUCGUCUUCCCGAUGGCCCUGGGCGUGUGGGCCUCCAGCACUGUAAUCUACCUCGGCUACACCUCGUGCAAGAAGAUGUUGCACCUCCGCUCGCCGGCGAAGCCGAGCAUCCGCCCGGCUUUUCUCUCUGGGUGUCUUUGGGCUGCUGGGUUCGCCUGCUUUGCAAAGUCGCUGGAUGACAUCCGCUAUACUGCCACGUACAUGCUCAGCGUCAUCGGUCCUGUGCUCGUGUCGCAGUUGAUCUCCGUCUUUGUCUUCCAAGAGAUCAAGGAGCGGGGCCAGUUGCGCUGGUUUGCCUGCUCAUGCUUUGUCCAGUUCGCCGGCAUGACUUGCAUCAUCUUGGGUACCUGA